UCAAAUCAUUAAAUUGAAUGCCUCUGGCUGUUUUCAGUGUUGGACAACGGCACUUUAGAGCUGCGCGCAUCAUUUUGUUGUAAUCGCUGAAACAAAAUGUUUGAAAAGUAAAAAAAAAAAGCAAACUGCAACAAAUAUUUUAAAAACGGCCUGCAAAAUGCCUAAAAUUAGCGAUAAUACAAUGCGCGAGCUGGAGGAGAUAUUGAACGAGAGCGAAACCUAUGCGGAUCGCUUAGCCGCUUUCCUUAAGCAAAAGACUGCACCAAAGCCGCAGAGCAACACACCUUUCGUCCUUGGCGACCUUGACAUCACAUUUGAUUUCGAUGUGGAUUUGGUUAAAUUGCCGUCAAAACCGCAACCGGCUGCUGGUAAGGAAACGGCAGCAGCCAAAGAGCAGCCCCUGCGCGAGAUUACCAACCAACCCCCUACGGCAGCUGAAACGAAAACGUUUGAAAACGCUUCACUUGUUUCAAACCACCCAGAAAAUGCAGCACCCCCGACGCCGCCAGCGCCAGCGUCUCAAAUUACCUCUCCUCGCAGAUCCACCACUCGACGCAGCGGCGUUCAUGUGCCUGGCUCGGAUCGAUUGCGUCGCGUGGCCAUACAUCGACGCUCACGCAGCUGUGGACGUCGCGACUUGCUAAAGGAAUUCAACAAUGCCUCGUCCAACGACUCAGAUUUUCUACCCACCGUGAACAGCACGCCCGCUUCGGAAAAGCAAACCGCAGCCGGGCCGGAACAGCCAACACAAAGAGAAGCAUCAGUGGCUCCAGCAGUAUUGCAGGCUGUGCCACACGUGGAACAAAAUGACGAGCUGCUAUCGCACGCCGCCUCCAACUCGCAGCACUCUAUGGCGCUCGCAUCGCAGCGUUCCACGACGCCCGAUAAUAGCGCCGUCAAGCGACGCACCUACACUGUAGAACUUGGUCCUGAGCCGGGUCAAUUGCUGUUGUCGCCCUCGCGUAACAGUAGUUCCCAUAACUCUAUUUAUAACAAUUCGCUUAGACAGUCGCGCGUGCGUACGAGAGAGCAGGCAACAUUGUCAGCAGCUAGAUUGGAAUUACUAGCGCAAGAUACGCCAUCGCGUAUUACGUUGCCGCACACGCAGCCCGAACUGGAGUACAUUGUGCCCGAAACGCAGUCUCAGCCGAUGCAGAAUAUGCUGCAAAAUAUGUCCAGCAAUGCGUUGGUGGCGCCUUUUGUGAUUAUGCCCAUGGCCUCAAUGCUCACGAAGCCAGCUGCAGCGCAUGUGGAUGCAGCCGCUCAAGUGGACGCGCCGGUUUCAACAAUGGCCAGUCGCAGCAUGCAAACCUCCCGCAGUCCGCCUGCCUUGCAGGAUGACAUCAUGACCGAUGACGAGAGCGCCGACGAGCGGCAGGCAAGUGGGGCGCCCUUAAAUCUAGCGUCCACCGGUGGCAGCUCCACCCGGCAACGUAAUUUACGCAAGCGUGUGCAACAUGUAGAGAGCUCUGUGCAGCUGCUCGAUUUGCAUCGUUCACGUACCAGGAACUCACGUCAGCGUGGCAAAAAUAUGCAGCGCCAAACGGUGCUCAAUAAACCCUCCCAACCGGCCAUCAAUGGCGAACAGUUUGCCUUCGAGCUGGCGCGCAUGAGCAAUUAUGAGAUUAUGGAUUUACGCAAACGCAACUCCUUGGGCAGGCAGCAUCCAGUGAACGGUCAUCGAGAGCAGCCCACAGAGCAGCAGCUGGUUUUGGACCAGCACAUUGAAUGGGAGAUAUUGCGACGUAAUCUCGAAGAGCCGAACGAGCCAGCUGGGCCCCCGCCACGCACAAACUCAACGACAACAACUGUACCCGCAUCCGAGAAUGAAUCUCUGUCUGCUGCAUCUUCUAUUUUGUCGCCGGCUGCACCGCCUAUAGGCUUUAGGGACAGCACCAUGCUGGAAUCCGAUCAAGAAAGCUCUAGGCAGCAUCAGAGACGCUCGCGCCUUAGUCGCCAUAAAACGCUUAUGCAAACAUUUGAGGCGGCAUCCAUUUCGCCAGCGGCGCCGCCUGCCGAAUUCAGGAACAGCUUAAUACAGGCGCUGCACCAUCAAAAGCCGACAAGACAGCAACAGCCAUUGCGACGCUUGCGCUCCAGGCAUCGAGAACCUUCAACGAGCGAGGAGGAUGAGCUGCAGGCUGUCUGCACGCCACCCGCACAGUUUCGCAGAUCCAAGUCCAGGCAGCGGAAACAGCAGCAGCUGCUUGAGCCCGUACUAACAACACCACCAUUGGCUUUCAAUGAUGUGCCUGUAACAGAAGUAGAGGAAGAGUUGCAGCUGCAGGAGCAACAACUGAUGCCUCCAUCAGAGUUUAAUUCACAUAUUGAAAAGUUGAUAGAGCAAGCUCCCACAACUCAGCCGUCAACGCUGGAGGAGACUAUGACAAGUGAUCAGCCAAGCACUAGCAGAGCCGCGCAAAAAUCUCUGCGGCUGAAUACUUCUAGGCAGCGGAGCAAGCAGGAAAAGCAGCAGAAGGAGAAAGAGAGGCAGCUCAAGCAGAUACAGCACGCGGAGGAGGAAAGUCAGCAGCAGGUAAGGCAGAGGGAGAGAAAGCAGGCGGAGAAGCUGCAACAGGAAAAGGAGCAGGCAAAACAGCAGCAGGAAAAGAAGCAUGCGAAACAUCAAAAAGAGGAGCAGCAGAAAGAGAAGUUUUUACUGGAGCAGCAGCAAAAGGAGAAGCACCAGCAGGAGCAACAGCAAAAAGAGCAACAGCAGGAAACUCGCCAACAAGAGCACCUGCAGGAGCAACAGGAAACCGCCAUUCAGGAACAACAAGCACAGAAACCGCCGCUUUCAGACGAUGUCUUUAAGAAACCAACGGCGCCAGCGCCACGUGCCAAGCGUAAUCAAAAGAGUUAUCUGGAGCGACAACUAAGUAAUCUGCGCAUUAAUCUAGCCAACGAGACGCUGCCGUCGGGUGAGAAUGAAGACGAAGCCGAUGCCAACACAACCGGAGUGCGUCGUUCCAGACGCGGGCAGGUGCAGCUCUGCAACACUUGGGUGCACACCAUAAGCGAUCCCUUCAUGUUUAUGCGCAAAACGUUUGAGCCCCCAUUAAAGGCCAGCAAGCCGAAGAAGCGAGCAGCUGCAGCUGGCGGCAAUUCCUUGAUGAAAAGACCACCUUUGUCCAGCAGCACGCCGCGCAAUGCAGCAGCUACUCCAACCAGCGGUACGAGUGGCAAGCGCAAGCGGGCGCCACUGCAGCAUCAGAACAGCGAAUCAAGCGAUGCGGAUGCCAUUUCAGGCAUAAGCCGUCUUAGCGGCAUAACCGAACAAGAAGAGGCGGAUGAUGUGCCAGUAGCGCAGCCAGCUGAGCCUAAAAGAAGUGACCGCAAAAAGAGGACGCCAGCCGUGGCUAGCGCUAAGCAGUUAAAUGAAACAACUAAAUCCAAGAAAGGUAGCAAGAAGAAGCAAGAUAACGCUACAGUUGCUCAAACGGAAGAACAGGAGAUCACUAUGCCGGACUUGGAACAAACGCCUGACUUGCCACCAGUUGCCCCGCUCCGCAAUCAGUCGAACGAGCAAUCAUCGGAAACCCUAAUGGCCUGGCUAUGUGGCGACAGGGAUGUGCUGCCAGACACCAGUGAAGUUAGCGAAAUCAAGACCGAUUCCAUGACCGUUUCACGUGCAGCCAACUUACACUUCUCGAAGAUUGACGGCAUUGAGUAUGCCUUCUAUCAUACCGACGAUCUCUACUCCAUGGGCUAUAUGCGCUUCCAGCCGUUGCAACAACGCGGCUUGAAACGCGCCAAGACUAACACAUUGCGUUUUGUGGCGCUUCACGGCCAAUUUGGGUUUGAGAUUAUCAACCCGAACUCGAAGGAGAGCUACCAAGAUAUAUUGUACACGGGAGAUACUAUAGAAAUUAAAAAGGGCAGUCGUUACAACAUUAAAAAUCGCUUGGAUAAAGUUAGCGUCAUAAUGGUGUUUCGCAACGGCAUGUGAACGGGCAGUCAUGUUUCAACAGGCAUGGAGUAUAUAUAGUUAUUUUUUGCCUUAAGCUGUUAAUUACACCUAAAUCUUUUGUUUUUGUUUACUCAUAAUAUUUCUUGUAAUAUUCGCAAUAGAAUGAAGCACUCACUUUUUCUUAAAUGAUCGAGGUGAGGUAAGGCUUUACACUUGAAUAAAUAUAAUA